GCAGGGAGCAUAAUGCUGACCAGCAUCACCGAUGGGCUCCUGUGCUGCCUGAUGGGCAAGACGACGAAUGCCGUGGGGCCGCUGGACAGCGUUGAGUCCAGCAACGGCUACAGCUUCAUGGAGGUGAAACCAGGGAGGAUCCUGAGGGUCAGGCACAGCGCUCCCAACCACCCAGCCCUCGAGGGGCCUGAGGAGAGCCAGCCCAGCGGGGCAGAGAGGGGCACGGUGCACUGCAAGCGCAAGAUCACCGUGUACCGCAACGGGCAGCUGGUGAUCGAGAACUUGGGCGACGCCGUCCGCUCUGAGAUCCUGCACUGCCAGAACAGCUCUGGGGAACCCAACAGCACCGUGGAGCUGGAGCUGUCUGACGUGGCUGGCCAAGCUCCUGCCCAGGGCCCCGCUGGCACGGCGGGCUGCGGCACACGGGAAGCAGCCGCUGCCCCCGGCAAGCGCCGGAAGCGUAAACCCAAGAAAGUCAUCAACAUCGACUGCAAGAAGCAGAUCACGAGCUGCAAAGGGACGCACGGCGACGUCGUCCUCUUCUUCAUCCACGGCGUGGGUGGCUCGUUGGACAUCUGGAAGGAGCAGCUGGACUUCUUUAGCAAGUUGGGCUAUGAAGUGGUGGCUCCUGACCUGGCCGGCCACGGCUGCAGCUCGGCUCCCCAGAUCGCCGCCGCGUACACCUUCUAUGCGCUGGCAGAGGACAUGAGGGCGAUCUUCAAGCGCUAUGCCAAGAAGAGGAACAUCUUGAUAGGACACUCCUAUGGGGUGUCCUUCUGCACCUUCCUGGCCCACGAGUACCCAGACCUGGUCCAUAAGGUGAUCAUGAUUAAUGGAGGGGGCCCAACAGCGCUGGAGCCCAGCCUCUGCUCCAUCUUCAACAUGCCCACCUGCGUGCUGCACUGCCUGUCCCCGUGCCUGGCCUGGAGCUUCCUCAAGGCUGGCUUCGCUCGCCAGGGUGCCAAAGAGAAGCAGCUGCUGAAGGAAGGCAACGCCUUCAAUGUCUCCUCCUUCGUGCUGCGUGCCAUGAUGAGUGGGCAGUACUGGCCUGAGGGUGAUGAGGUUUACCACGCAGAGCUGGCUGUGCCCGUGCUCCUGGUCCACGGCAUGCACGACAAGUUCGUCCCGGUGGAGGAGGACCAGAGAAUGGCUGAGAUCCUGCUGAUUGCCUUCCUGAAGGUGAUCGACGAGGGCAGCCACAUGGUGAUGAUGGAGUGUCCCGAGACGGUGAACACGCUGCUCCACGAGUUCAUCCUGUGGGAGCCCGAGACACCAGCUGAGGACAGGCAAGGGGAGAAGAAAUAA